UAUUUUUUCUUUUCCUACAAAAUGCAAACAGAGACAACUUUAUCUCUCUCUCUGUCCUUUUGCCCUUUUGUCCGAGCGGCAUCCUCCAUUGUUUUAGGUGAACGUCAUGAUGCAGCAGCCACCUCCAGCCGCUAACGGUGCUGCUGCAGCAGGAUCAGGGCGGGACCAGCAAGCUUACCACCACCAGCAGUGGAUGAUGAUGAUGCAGCAGCAGCAGCAACAGGGUCAGCCUCCGGCAGGAUGGAAUCCUCAGUCGUCGCCGUCUCUUGGUCAACAGCAGCAGUAUGGCGGUGGAUCUCAGAAUCCAGGAUCAGGUGGAGAGAUCCGGUCCUUGUGGAUCGGAGACCUCCAGCCAUGGAUGGACGAGAGCUACCUCAGGAACAUCUUCUCUACACUCACUGGUGAGGUUCAACAAGCUAAAGUCAUUCGGAAUAAACAGAGCGGAUACUCUGAAGGUUAUGGGUUUAUUGAGUUUGUUAGCCACGCUGCAGCCGAGAGGAUCUUGCAGACUUACAAUGGUGCUCAAAUGCCGGGGUGUGAGCAGACGUUCAGGCUGAACUGGGCUCAGCUUGGAGCUGGAGAGAGACGCCAGGCUGACGGGCCUGAGCACACAGUUUUUGUUGGAGAUCUGGCACCUGAUGUUACCGACUAUAUGCUCACUGAGACGUUUAAGGCUGUGUAUUCCUCUGUCAAGGGCGCUAAAGUUGUGGCUGAUAGGACCACUGGACGGUCCAAGGGGUACGGAUUUGUCAAGUUUGGGGAUGAGAGUGAGCAGAUUCGUGCCAUGACUGAGAUGAAUGGUCAAUACUGCUCAUCCAGGCCUAUGCGUACUGGUCCAGCUGCUAACAAGAAGCCUCUUACGAUGCAACAACCAGGUGCAUAUCAGAGCACUCAAGGAAAUCCCGGAGAAAGUGAUCCAACUAACACAACGAUUUUUGUUGGAGCUUUAGAUGAAAGUGUGACAGAAGAUGGUUUGAAGUCAGUUUUUGGUCAAUUUGGCGAACUUGUUCAUGUGAAAAUUCCAGCAGGAAAACGUUGUGGAUUUGUUCAGUAUGCUAAUAGGGCAUGUGCAGAGCAAGCACUGAACCAGUUGAAUGGAACACAACUUGGCGGACAAAGCAUUCGUCUUUCAUGGGGUCGCAGUCCUAACAACAAACAGACUCAUGUCACUCAACCUGACCAGGGAUACUAUGGGUAUCCUCCUCAGGGAUAUGAAGGUUACGGAUAUGCACCUCCUCCUCAGGACCCUAGCGCCCACUAUGGUGGCUACCCUGGUGCCGGCUAUGGAAACUACCACCAGCAGCCUGGUGGCUACCAGCAGUGAAGCAUGAUCUGUAUGUCGUGAUGGAGCUGAAGUUGCAGAAAGCUGUCUGGUGAAUGAACCAUCGUGUGGAAAUGGUGAAUGAAUUAUGGAAGUGGAUGUGUAUUAGCUCUUUGUCUCAGUUUUUUUCUCUAUAUCUCUAUACAAGACUCUUGGUUUCUUUUGUUUGUUUCUCUCUCGCGUGACAGACUAUUGUUGGACGUCCUUUGAAGUCGUAACAAAAGGCUUUUUGUCAUUUGACUAAUUCGACCAUUAUGCUUAUUUUUACUGUUUCCUA